GGUCUUGUCCGCCAUCUUACCCGAUUUUAGGUGACAGGGAGGGGUGUGUGCGUGACAGAAUUUUGCCUCCCAGUGACGGCCCCGUGCUACCUGCAGGUUCUCUCCGUAGGAAAUCUCUACCACUGCCCCUCCCCCGUGUGGGAUUUUGACAUUUUUGUGCAACCUAGAACACAUGAGGGCUGGAGGAGGAUGGGGUGUAGGGGCAGAUACAAGAUACGGAGUUACCGAGGCGGAAGUGAGUGCACGUGGAGGACUGGAUUGCUUCGGAGCGGCAGGUGUAUCUUGAAGCCAAGAAGCCAUCCAUCAACAUCCUAAUGUGACAGGCGGUUCUUCAGAUAGCCAGGCUUCCCUCCAGGUGGUCCUGCAGACAACCCACUUCUCUCCGCCUCUGCAGCACCAUUGCUUCUAGCCCUCUUUCUGUCUUGCCUUGAGCCUAUCAGGGCCAUGGCAGAAAGAGUGCUGGUGCCCACCCAGAUAGGCCGGGGGGACCGCUACUACACGUACACGGAGCUGUUGGCUAUCUCACGACGUUUCAAGCAGAAUCCCAAUGAGCUCAUGGUCACCUGGAUCCUGCGGGUAUAUGACCAGGGAGGCUCUGCCCUGUCCCUAAAUUCUGGAGAGCUGGGUCUGCUGGGUGACCUCACCCAUGAUGCCAUCUUUAACUACCGUUGCAAGGCCCUGCGAGGGGCUGGCUGCCAGACACUGCUGAGCUGGCUGCUGCAGGCCUGGCGCCAGCGCUGGGAGUCCUCCCUGCAUUUUGAGGCCACUGAACUGCCCUUCAGGCCUUGGACUACCAUGGAGGAAGGAAUCCAGCUGGUGCGUGAACUGGGCAUGAUUGAGUGGAUCUACCUUGACCCAGAGGGGCCUGUGGACCUGGCCCCAGAGGAUGUGGCCUUUACUCAGGGGCUGCAGCGGCGCCUGCUCACAGCGGCACCCUCUGAGUUACGGCUCUCGUUGGUUAGCCUGCUGGUGCGUGGCAUGACAGUAUUAGAGGCUGUGAUGGAAAUCCAGACCAUUGCUGAUGUGGGCCUGCUGUGGCGCCAGAGCCAUCCAGGCCGCACCAAGCUCAUGCUGGGGCCUAACCCAACUCGAAAGGACCUCCUAGGCUGGCUUCUCAGCCACGGUGUGCCCCGGGAGCAGGUGGACAGGCAGCCCACCAAGGUGCUUCUGGAACUGUACAUCAAAGAAGCCAAGCGCAGUCGUGGCCACCCCAAUUAUGGGCUAGCUGAGGAGCAGCCUCCACCACCCCCUUACUCCGACCAGGCCUGUGGAGAAGAGCCACCAGUGCGUCAUGACUAGUCCUGGACUGACUUCAAGAGGACACUUGCACCCCAGGAUUGAAGGUGGGAAGGUGAAUUGCACAGAGGCUGCCGGCAACCUAGGCUACUAGGAAACAGUUUGGCAAGCACCUUCCCCACCUCCCCAUCCCUCCAGUACUUAGUGCCAAGUUCCGUGGCCCCAAAGAGGAGUGUGCAUGUCCCCAGCCACAGUCCAUGUGGGAAAUGAGCCACAUGUGGCCAUUUGCUGUGAGUCUAGGGUGCUUAUGGCCCUGGAGUGUAACCCCUUGAAUUGGAGCAUAAGGCCGUGCUGAGGUGGGUGGCCACAUCGGGGUCCCCACCCCUCUGCCUCCAUUCGGGCCCCAAAGCACUACAUACAGGCCAUCUUGAAUUUUUUACUUUUUCAAUGCAACACUUACAUAGUAUUUUAGGUAUAGGCCCCAUUUCCAUGGACUUUUACGGGAUGUUUGACACUUAGGGACAGUCUCCCUAUUGUAAAGGCUUAACAUUGUAAACUUUUCUAAUGCAGCAUUUUUACUUUAUAUUUUAUUUUGAGCUUAUGUGACAUUUUGGUUUUGGGGAGAAGAAAGCCCCCUUUUGUAAAAACUUUUCUUUGGGGACCCUGUCCCUGUUUUCUUUUAACCAUGCCCUUCCCUUUUGAAGCACCUUCCAGCUGGGACUGGUUUUCCUGGCUGCACACAUGGCCCCUGGCCAGUGUAGAUCUGGGUUUAGUGGAGGGGCGAGGUGGGCAGCCCUGGAGCUUCUGCCUUUGUGAGUUCCUAUUAAAUGGCUGAUUCAUUGC